UUCUUGAUAGCAAUAUCGAGUAAUCGUUAUCGUGAUUACUUAACUCUCUUCCAAUCCAAUUAGUAUUGUUUACGAUGCUUGAGAGAUAGCACUGGUGUUACAACUUAUGACGUGGUUUGCUUAUUAUGGUUUUAAAGAGGCUUUGCAAAAAGCUAUGGUUGAUUUUCCUGUUUCAAUCGAUCGCGAUGGAAAAAGAAGACCCGUCAUCAAAGAGUGGAAUGGCUGGAUAUGGAGUGUGGUACAGUGCAGAUGAUAUCCUAGAAGUCUUCAACCGAAGAGAAUAUAUGCAGAUGCCUGGAGUAAGGGCAGUGUUGUCCACAUAUGAAGAUAUCGUGGGUAAGCCGCCUCACAAUCGCACAUAUUCUGACCCACCUGUGGAAAACAGAUUCCCAUUCAUCGCAAUUGAAGGAACCCACAGAGACAGUAGAAUCAUCAUGGGCAAGGAGCUAGCCAACUACCUUCAAGCCACCUACCUCGGCAACCCUCCGAGGUCCAUGGUUCCCCUACGCAAGAUGUUUGACCGCGAGAAAGGAAUGAUACGGAAGGCCUAUUUCUCCCUGUGCAUGUAUGUGGGAGGUCACCACGUACGAGAAACCUGGCUACGGGAGCCUGUCGUCACUACAGGGUACUGGUUGGACCAGGCCGCCUUCUCGAUCGCCCAGAGGUUCACCUUAGAAACCCUUCCACCUCCUGGGUCCCCAGUAUAUCAGUGGCCAGACGACCUGGUGCGUCCUGACGUCGCCUUCUUUCUCAACAUCCCCCAGCUCAAGUGGGGCGACCGCCCUGUUAAUAUGUUCCGACCCAAACUUGCAGAAGUCUACAGUAGAAUAAAAGGAGUGAGAAUUAUCGAAAUAAAUCAAACUGGAACCUACAGGAAGAUCUUCGCCAUCAUGAGGUCACGACUUCAUAAGAUGUUCAAACCUUUGUUCCGACAAACAAAGCAACAAGAAAUAGAAGAGGAAGAGAAAGGACUUGGGUAAAAAUAACUAUUAUGAUAGUAGUUACGAUAGCAGAUAAAUGUUAUUCUAAUCUCUGUAAAUAUAUUUUGUACGUAUCAUAAUAUAUAAAAAUAAAUAUUUUCUUAGGUUAAACCUUUUAAAUAGGAAA